GAAGUGUAUAGAGUUGGGGGGUGACGACACACGCAGACUAAACAGACGCAGCUCGCGGCCGUGGCCAUUUCUAUAGGUUCCCGCCACGUGUAGACGUGAACGAGGUUCCAGAGGAGGCGGUUUGUGUCGGUGUGGACGAGACUCGGUUUCCCGGCGGAAACACUAUGAAGACACAGUGACAACAAGGUCAGCGUUCAACCCGAGGUGAGCCCCUCGCCACCAUUUACAGGCUCCGCACCGGGCUCCGCAUCACGUUAGCUCGUUUCACCAGAACCUCCUACGUCAGUAUGAAGGAAGGAACAGAUGCUCCUCAGGAUCGGGGUUGCUUGGUGGGAAUCAGUUUCUUCAUUUUGGGCCUGGGAACACUGUUACCAUGGAACUUCUUCAUGACUGCUUCAAUGUAUUUCCAAGGUCGUCUAAACACAACAGAAUGGAGCAACGGCACAGUGGUGAUCCAGAAAGAGUACUACUUCAACAACUGGAUGACCCUGCUGUCCCAGCUGCCCCUGCUGCUGUUCACCCUGCUCAACUCCGUCCUCUACCAAAGGAUAUCGGAGGCGAUGCGUAUCGCAGGAAGCCUCGUUUUUAUCCUGCUGCUCUUCAUCCUCACAGCAGUGCUGGUCAAAGUGCCCAUGGAGGCAGACCGCUUCUUCUCAGUAACCAUGGCUACCAUCUGGUUCAUCAACUCGUUCGGUGCCGUGCUGCAGGGCAGUCUGUUCGGCCUGGUGGGUCUGCUGCCUCAGAAGUACAGCACUGUCUUCAUGAGCGGACAGGGCCUUGCCGGGACCUUCGCCGCCAUCGCCAUGCUGCUAGCCAUAGCCAGUGAUGCAGACUCUGAGUCAGCAGCGUUGGGGUACUUCUUUACACCAUGCCUGGGAACAGUGAUCACACUCUUAAGCUACCUGCUUCUACCUCGACUGGAGUUUGCCCAGUAUUAUCUGAAGAAAAGCAGCAAGUAUGAGGCAGGUGCCACAGAUGAGCUACUGAAAGAGAGCAGCACAGUGGAGAACAGGAAGCUGAACGGCCAUGCUAAUGGCUCGGUGAGCAGCAGCGAACAAGCCGAGGCAAAGGUGGACCCCAGCCCGGAAGAUAAUAAGCAGGCCUUCCUGUCACUGGAGCUGGUGGAGAAGACACAAGCCAAAGCCUCCGUCAUAGAGGUGUUCAAAAAGAUCUGGGUGAUGGCGUUCUGUGUGACGUUUGUGUUCACAGUCACUCUGUCUGUCUUCCCUGCUGUCACCGCAGAUGUCAGAACAUCAUUCCCAGGAAAAUGGGAGCGCUACUUUAUGUCAGUGUGCUGCUUCUUAAUGUUCAACAUCAACGACUGGCUCGGCCGCACCAUCACCACCAUCAUACGCUGGCCUCGUAAAGAGUCUCCUCUGUUCCCGGUGCUGGUCAUCUCCAGGGUGGUGUUCAUCCCUCUGCUGAUGCUCUGCAACGUCCAGACUCGCUCCUUCCUUCCCGUCUACUUCGCCCAUGACGCUGCUUUCGUUGUCAUCAUGGCGCUCUUCUCUCUGUCCAGUGGCUACUUCGUCUGCCUUUCCAUGUCCUACGCACCACAGUUAGUGGAGCUGAAGGACGCGGAGACUGCAGGAGCCCUGAUGACCUUCUUUCUGGCCCUGGGUCUGUCUUUAGGAGCGGGCUUGUCCUUCCCCCUGAGAGCGCUGGUGUAAACACACACCGGAGAAAAUUUGAUAAAUGGUUUCUCAGUCUGACCCUCCUGGACCAUUACGUUUUUUCCAUCUGUCAGCUCGUGACAACCGAGGGCCCCACUUUAAAAAUAAAACACGCACGCACUCAGUUCAUGAAGUGGUUUUGGUCAUAAAUGGCAAGAUUCCCUUCAGAUGUAGGAAUAAGGGAAAUGUUGCAUAUUCCUGAUAACUGCUUAUUAUGUUGCCUAUAGAAAACGGUUAGAAAAGAGUUCCUCUUUGUUAAUUUCUCAUAGGAUUGUUUUUAUUGUGUUACUGCGUUAUUUGGUUUACAGUUUGUGUGUGUAGAUUGACCUCUUGAUUGGUUUAGGGCAUUUAACACUGCUGAUGUGUAGAUAAAGGGAAUCCUUAGAGAUACAGAUUUAAAUGAAUUUCCAUGUGCUGCACUCAAGAAGAUUUAUGUAUCAUCUUUGUUCUUGUUGCCACAGUUGAUCUUUGUUUACACCCCGUUUGUUUGGCUUUUGAUACGAGAUAGCUUCUUGUUAUUUGACUGAUGGCUUGAAUAAUUACGAGUCUAUCUACCUUGUGUUUAAAACAUUAGCUAUUUUUGAUGAUGGGAACUUUCUAGGAUUAUUUUGUUUUGUUUUUAUAAUGAACUAGCACUAUGCUGAAGAUGUAGAACAAACUGUUUGUUUAAAUGUCAUGUAAUUUACCAUGGACAUGGAUGGAUACGUGAAAGUGCAAAAGGGAGACAGGCUCAGGGACCCAAAGGAUCAGGAGGCCCCUGGGCUUUAAACAUGUUUGUUCCCAGGGGCCCCAGAAUCCAUCUAUGCUCAUGGGGCCCUGUGGCAGUGCCAGUUUUUCUUCUCCUCCACAAACCUGUCCCUCUCAGCAUUUAGGUUACUGCUGCCAUCUACUGGACAGAGGACUUUAAAGAAUUCCCCCUUUCUUUUUGAUUUGAACCUAAAAACCUCUGAAUAAAACCUGU